AUGGCCUCCGCCAGAUCCCUUCCCUUUCUCCGCCGCCUCGCCAUCGCGCGACCCGUCCCCGGGACCACUGCGGCACCCUUCGCCGCGGCCCGCCAGGUCCGGUGGAGCACGCAUAACCCCAAAGAGGGCGAUCUCGGCGGGCCCGGCGGGCAGGAGCCCGUGCCGCCUACCAGUGGUGCCACGCAAAGCUGGCCGACGCUGGUGGCCAUCGCUGCCGUGGGACUCGGUGUCGGGGGGUAUCUUGUGCAUAAAACGGGGAAGUCCAAGGGUCAGGGAAUCGUGGUGGAGAAGGGAGAAUUUGAUAAGCUGGCGGAAAAGGUUGCGUCGAGGAAGUAG